GAUCUAUGUAGUGUUGGUAACAGGGACUUGCUUACAGCACGAGCAAUGACUGCUCCAAGAGAACGUGCAAGGUUGGAGUACCUUAAUUCGCAGGAGCCAGGAGAUGCAUCACAGGCCAGUGCUUUUGAUAUUGUGGAUAGGCUGCUAGUAGAAGAUGACAUGGAAGCUUCUCAGACAAUAACCGUUGAGCAGAUAAGUGCGACAAAGUCACCUCCCACUUUAGGCUCAAAAGUAGCUCAGUUCUUGGCUAAAAGGGUUGACCACAGCUACCCACUUGAGAAGGCAGCUGUUUUUGACUGGUUGGAUACUCCCAACCUUGAUGACUGCAUAAGUGGUAACAUUUCCAGGGAAAAUCCAAGAGUUCAUGUCAAAAAUCGUUUGGACUCCCAGGGAUGUGGUGGCUAUGGAUCAGGUACCAGGGCUGGGGCCAUGCUAGAAUGUAUUGAUGAGGACUUGGGCAUGAACUAUCUGAAGAAACCAGAACCAGUUGGUGCUACUGAAGAUUCAUAUGCAGCAUAUGAUAUUGGGCCAAACACUCAAAUGGCAGCUGAAGCGAUGGAAGCACUGUUCAAUGGACCAACUGUCAGUUCUGAUGUCAGGGAGCAUGAACACUUGGAAAACACUUUGGGAAAAGAAAACAAAGUGGAUACAAUUUGCUCAGUAAACUUGCUAGUUCAAGAGCAAAAGCUAGCCUGCUUACCUCAGAGCUCAGGGGGAAUGACAUCGCAACUCAAGCAACUCAAGGUAGACCACAUGGGAAGACCAAGGGGUGAAAGUUCAAUCCCUUUGACGAAUUGUCCCAGUAAGUCAAAAACAAGGAGGAAUGCAAAACAGAUGACCGGGAAAGCAAAAAGAAGCACGGAGAGUCGGGUUUCAAGAGGAGCCAUAAAUGAUGAGGUGUCAGAUGUAAUCAUGGGAUCUGGUGCAGAGGGACCAAACAGUCCCUGUUUAUUAGGUAAAAAUGCUGUAAUCCACCCUAAAAGAAAGAGAACAUAUACAUUUACCUCAGGAAGCUCAAAAGUUGGGUUCAAGAAAGCUACCAGAUCAAGUGCAGACAGAGCCGAAACUACCGAAGUAACAGAGUUACCAAGAGCAAAACCAGCAAGCGUAUUUGAUCCUGAUACCAUAAAAGGCAUGAAAUUGACCCACAAGUCUUCUUCAGGUAAUCUUAAAGCAUCAGCUACAACAACUCGGAGCAAGGUGAAAGGAGUUCAGAAAGAAGCUUCGGAUACCAGUCAGCUUGAAAGAACACUAAGCGCUGAACUGAAAAAACAAUCAACAUCUGAACAGAAAGUCAGUGACUCUUGUUUGGCGAAUAGAGUACCACUGAGAGAGUUAAGAAGCACAGAGCCCCAAUCUAAGGCACAUACAUCAAAGAAGCCACUGAAAAGAGGCCUUCUGAAAUCACCAGCUUCCAGAGAGCUUGCUAGUCUUUUUCGGAGUGAAGCAUCUCCGGUUCUGCAAUCAAGCAGGCGAAGAAGGAGAAAUAUGUCCACAGUCUGUGUUCUGUUCAGCCAAAGCAUGGACAGCGAAACCAUCAAAGAUCAAACAAAGAUAUUGAUGCACUUCGGAUUACCAGUGGCAACAACUAUUUCAGAGGCUACACACUUCGUUGCUGAAAAGUUUGCUCGUACAAGGAACAUGCUAGAAGCAAUGGCCAUGGGCAUACCUGUAGUCACACCAUCAUGGCUUGAGUGCUGUGGAGAAGCAAGGUGCUUCAUUGAUGAGAAAAAAUACAUAAUGAGGGAUACAAAGAAGGAAAAGGAGCUACGCUUCAGCAUGCCCGUCUCACUAAGCCAAGCCUGCAAAAAGCCACUGUUAGAGGGUAGAAGAGUACUAAUCACGCGAAAUGCUAAGCCUAGCAAGGAGCUUCUGAAAUGUUUAGUAGUGGCAGCUGGUGGCAAGCUAUUGGAGAGGAUCACAGUGUCUAUGAUGAAGAAUAAGAAUUUGGAAGGAGCCUUUGUAAUCUCUUGUGAACAAGACGGCAACAUCUGUUUACCGUUCAUUAAGAAUGGUUUGGGAGUGUUCGACUCGGAGCUUUUGCUGAAUGGUAUUGUGGUCCAGAAGCUAGAGUUUGAAAGGUACCGCCUUUCCCAUGAUAAAAUGUGAAGCUUCUGCGAGGUCCGGGCCACUGACCUGCAAUAUAAUGAACACUUCACUCCGUAAAUAUGUCCACGCUCUCCUGUAGUUACUGAUGUGAUCCCAUGAACACACUUCUUUUUGCUAGUAGAAGCGAAACUCAACCUGUUCGCACAAUCAUGAGAUGUGCCAUUACUCGAACGGCACAUGUUGUGAAUUCUGCUUGAUGAUGCUUUCCGCAUAGCUUGGAUCGUGUAAGGAUUUAAUUACGUGGUGAACAUGUUGAUCAUG